GGGAUGCUAUUUACACAACCCCACCCUUUCCCCCAUUUCCCUCAUUCCCCUUCUUCUUCUUCUUCUUCUUCUUCUUCUUCUCUUGGUUUGUUCUCUACUGGGUUUCAUUCCACUCAUUUGAUCACUUUUGUGAACACCUAGGGACAAAAAUUUAGGGAAUACAUUGUAAAGGAGCCAUUUUGAGGGGCACCAAGUUGAGAUCUUUCCUCUGUGGGUGCAUGCGUGUAGAGUUUUGUGGGCUCUGGGGUUGGUUCUCUUCCUUUUCCUGAAGGUGUUUCAGAAUUUCUCAGAGGCAUUUGCUGGAAAGUCUCUUCUUUGUUUUUUGCAAGAGUUAAAAAUGAGUUAUAGAUCCAAGUUGACUGCAUCAGCGCCAAAAGUGAAGCGUCGUGUGGGCAAGUAUGAGCUCGGCCGCACGAUUGGGGAAGGGACCUUUGCGAAGGUCCGGUUCGCAAAAAACUCCGAGACGGGUGAUCCCGUCGCCAUCAAGAUACUUGAUAAGGAGAAGGUUCUGAAGCACAAGUUAGUCGAGCAGAUUAAGCGGGAAAUUUCCAUAAUGAAGUUAAUUAAGCAUCCUAAUGUUGUUGGACUGCAUGAGGUGAUGGGCAGUAAGUCGAAGAUUUUCAUUGUUUUGGAGCUUGUUACUGGCGGAGAGCUCUUCGACAUAAUUGCUAAUUAUGGGCGGAUGAGGGAGGACGAAGCUCGAAGAUACUUUCAGCAGUUAAUUAACGCUGUCGAUUACUGUCACAGUAGGGGCGUGUAUCACCGAGACUUAAAGCUUGAGAAUUUACUACUUGAUGCAUAUGGCAACCUCAAAGUUUCCGACUUUGGGCUAAGUGCACUGUCUCAGCAAAUCAGGGGUGAUGGCUUACUGCACACUUCUUGUGGAACUCCGAACUACGUGGCUCCUGAGGUCCUCGAAGAUGGAGGCUAUCAUGGUGCCGCUGCGGAUUUGUGGUCGUGCGGGGUUAUACUAUUUGUAAUGCUCGCAGGGUACUUACCUUUCGAGGACAAUAAUCUUAUGAACCUAUAUAAAAAGAUUUCUUCAGCUGAGUAUACGUGCCCUUCCUGGCUUUCCUUCGGUGCCAUGAAAUUAAUUGCAAAGAUAUUGGACCCUAACCCUGUGACUCGAAUUACUAUCCCAGAAAUACUAGUCGAUGAAUGGUUUAGAAAAGGAUAUAAACCACCUGUGUUUGAGGAGAAAUGUGAGGCGAAUUUGGAUGACAUCGAUGCUGCAUUUGGGGACUCAGAAGAUCAGCAUGUCAAAGAGAAAAUAGAAGAACAACCUGCGUCUAUGAAUGCAUUUGAGUUGAUUUCAUUAUCGAAGGGACUAAAUCUUGAGAACUUGUUCGACAUUGAGAAGGAAUUCAAAAGAGAAAAAAGGUUUACAUCAAAGUGUUCUGCGAAGGAAAUCGUCACUAAGAUUGAAGAAGCUGCAAAGCCUCUCGGGUUCGAUAUUCAAAAGAAAAAUUAUAAGAUGAAGCUGGAAACCAUGAAAGCAGGGCGAAAGGGAAAUUUGAAUGUCGCUACUGAGAUAUUUCAAAUGGCCCCAUCUGUUCAUAUGGUUGAGCUCAAAAAAUCUAAAGGAGAUACUCUGGAGUUUCAGAAGUUCUACAGAAGUCUCUCCGUCCAGCUCAAAGACGUCGUCUGGAAAUCGGAGGAGGAAAUGCAAGACAGCAUGACUGCCUAAAAGAAUGCCUCCUCCGAUUGCACCUCCUGUGUUUAGGAGGCAAUUAAGUUCCCGGUUUGUAGUCUGCGAUGCUGAGUUGAAUGUUUUUUGCAUUCCGGCUAUCUUUUCUUUUCUUCCCUCCAUUUGUUGAACAUCCUUCAAAGUGUACAUGGCAGACAACAAUAUGUUCCCUUGGUUGUUUUGUUUCCUGAUGUUUGUUCGAGAAAAUUGCGAAGAAGUGACUCUCUACCUGCUGUACAUAUGUUCUCAUCUUGUUGCAUUACAGUUUUGAACACAAGCUGAAGUAAAUAAUGUAAAAAUGGCAGUUAUCGAGCUUUGUUUUUGCUCUC